UCUAUUGGUUUGGUCUGCAACUGACGUUAGCAACUGCUUUACGUGUAGUUGCAGGCAGGUUGUGUUUUCAGAGACACUCAGGCAUACUCACAAUUUAACAUAAAAGGACCAGGUUGAAAUUGAAUAUUCUUUAAUGCUUUAUCGGAUUUAUGUAAGGUGCGUCUAUCGAAUCCGUUGAGCACAGCAAGACAUCGCAACGGCGUUCAUUGCGCAUGUUCUGUUUUCCUUCACCAACUAACGCACCGAGUCAUAAUAAUCGCCAAAAUAAAUCAUCUUUCCCGGUGAUACAACUUGUGCAUCAUCAAGAGGUUGGAAUUAUGCGAUCUGUUUUAUCCCAUACUCGGACAUCAAGUUGAUCGGAAAAUUGUUAGCUUUAGGUAAACUCAUGGAGGAUAAGGUGAGCAAUACUGCCGAAGAUUCGGUUGAAAUGGGUGAUUGUGCAUCGAACUGGGACCUUUGCCCUGUACAGGCAUAACGUUUUUGUUAGGAAAAAGCUUUAAAUGUCUAACGUUACCAGGCAGACAGCAAAGUAAAAUCUAAUUCUUGGUAUAUGUAAGUCAGCAUUUUUCGCCUUAUCAUUUACGCGAAGCAGGACGCUAGCUAGCUUGUUAACGUGCUAAUUAUCAACAGAUAACCAACUUCCGAUUUGGAUCGAUCAGUAUGGUCAACGUCAGCUAACGUUAGGAUAGAUAUUUCCAACUAAUGUUAGCUAACGCUGGUGGCAUUUAGGGUUUCUAUUUCAGAUGUGAAAUAUAACGCUAACAUACGUAGUUCAUACGAAGACUGUUAGCUACUUCCAAAUAGUUAUUGGCUAAGAGGGUGAGUGGACGUAGCUAGCAAGUUGGUUACAUCUCUGGCUAGUACAGGCAAGCUAGUUAGCUUGCGAGCUAACAUUAUUCAACGGUAUGACUGCUGCAAUGCCAACUGUAUUCUGGGGAAUGCUACUUUAGAAGACAUAGAGGCAACAGCCAGACAGAACAUUACAGCUAGGAGGCUAUCGUUUUUUUUUGGACUGUCACGGAGGCCCUGUGGUCCAACAUCUUCCACUGCUUUCAUGUGAGAGAAGGCCGUGGGGAGACUCAUCGCUGGCGACUCCUGUAUUGCGCACGGAUAAAGUUGGCUUGCUAGCUAACUAAAGCCAUGCAAGGGACACAGCUACAGUACGACUUCUUCAGCGAGGAGAACGCACCGAAAUGGCGGGGGCUGCUGGUAUCGUCUCUAAACAAGGUCCUGAACCAGGUGCACCCCAAGCUCUCAUCCCAAGAGGAGGCCCUGCAGUACAUCGAGGAGUUGAUCCUGCUGCUUCUGAGCAUGCUCUGUCAGGCCCAGCCACGCACUGUGCAGGAUGUGGCCGAGCGUGUGCAGAAGAGUUUCCCCCACCCCAUCGAUAAAUGGGCCAUUGCUGACGCCCAGGCUGCCAUCGAGAAGAGGAAGAGGAGGAAUCCUCUCGCCCUACCAGUGGAUAAAAUCCACCCUUUACUCAAGGAGGUACUUGGUUAUAAAAUCGACCAUCAGGUGUCUGUGUACAUCGUGGCUGUGCUGGAGUACAUCUCUGCUGAUAUCCUGAAGCUAGCUGGGAACUAUGUACGCAACAUCCGUCACUAUGAGAUCUCUCAGCAGGACAUCACUGUGGCCAUGUGUGCAGACAAGGUGCUGAUGGACAUGUUCCACCAGGAUGAGGAGGACAUUAGUGUCUUCCCCCUGAUGGACGAGGAGCCGUCAUCAUCAGAGGAGCAGACUUACUAUGACCUGGUCAAAACUGUCAUGGCAGAAGUUCGUCAGUACCUUCGCGACCUCAAUCUCAUCAUUAAGGUGUUCCGGGAGCCCUUCGCGUCCAACACCAUGCUGUUCUCACACCAUGACGUGGAGAACAUCUUCAGCCGUAUUGUGGACAUCCAUGAGGUGACUGUGAAGCUGCUGGGGUUGAUCGAGGACACCGUGGAGAUGACGGACGAGGGAAGCCCACACCCUUUAGUGGGCAGCUGCUUCGAGGACCUGGCUGAGGAGCUGGCUUUUGACCCCUACGAGUCUUUUGCUCAGGACAUCCUGCGGAGUGGCUUCCACGAUCACUUCCUGAGCCAGCUCUCAAAGCCGGGGGCCGCCUUCUACCUUCAGUCUAUCUGUGAGGGCUUUAAGGAAGCCGUCCAGUAUGUCCUACCUCGCUUGCUGUUGGCUCCUGUGUACCACUGCCUCCAUCACUUUGAGAUCUUAAAGCAACUGGAGGAGAAAAGUGAGGAUGAGGAAGAUAAAGAGUGUCUGAAGCAGGCCAUCACUGCGCUGCUCAAUCUCCAGAGCAGCAUGGAGAGGAUCUGUUCCAAAAGCCUCGCUAAGAGGAGGCUGAGCGAGUCAGCCUGCCGGUUCUACAGCCAGCAGAUGAAGGGCAAACACCUGGCCAUCAAGAAGAUGAACGAAAUCCAGAAGAACAUCGACGGCUGGGAAGGCAAAGACAUCGGUCAGUGCUGCAACGAGUUCAUCAUGGAGGGGGCUCUGACGCGGGUGGGGGCCAAACACGAGCGGCACAUCUUCCUGUUCGACGGCCUGAUGAUCUGCUGCAAGUCCAACCACGGACAGCCGCGGCUCCCGGGGGCCAGCACCGCUGAGUACCGCCUCAAGGAGAAGUUCUUCAUGCGCAAGGUGCAGAUCAACGACAAGGACGACAAAGAGGGCGAGUACCGGCACGCCUUCGAGAUCAUCCUGAAGGACGGCAACAGCGUGGUGUUCGCCGCCAAGUCGGCCGAGGAGAAGAACGGCUGGAUGGCGGCCCUGAUCUCGCUGCAGUACCGGUCCACGUUGGAGCGCAUGCUGGACUCGGCCAUGUUUCAGGAGGAGAAGGAGGAGCAGAUGCGCCUCCCCGGGGCGGAGGUGUACCGCUUCGCUGAGCCCGACUCCGAGGAGAACUUGGUGUUCGAAGAGAACGUGCAGGCCAAGUCUGGCAUCCCCAUCAUCAAAGCCGGCACAGUGCUGAAACUCAUUGAAAGACUCACUUUCCACAUGUAUGCAGACCCCAAUUUUGUGAGAACCUUCCUAACAACCUACAGGUCCUUCUGCAAACCCCAGGAGCUGCUUGAUCUGCUCAUAGAGAGGUUUGACAUCCCUGAGCCUAAGCCCACUGAGGCCGAUCAGAUGGCCUUGGAGAACGGAGACCAGCCCCUGAGUGCUGAACUCAAACGCUUUCGCAAGGAGUUUGUGCAGCCCGUGCAACUUAGAGUUCUGAAUGUAUGUCGGCACUGGGUGGAACACCACUUCUAUGACUUUGAGAGGGACCCUCAGCUACUGCGCCGCCUGGAGGAGUUCAUUGGCACAGUUCGAGGGAAGGCCAUGAGGAAGUGGGUAGAAUCGAUCACUAAGAUCAUCCAGCGGAAGAAGCAGGUUCAGGCCAACGGGCCAAGCCACAACAUCACCUUUGAGAGUUCCCCUCCUCCCAUCGAGUGGCACAUCAGUAAACCGGGCCAGAUCGAUCAGUUUGAUCUCAUGACUCUGCACCCCAUUGAGAUCGCCCGCCAGCUCACGCUCCUGGAGUCAGAGUUCUACAGGUCUGUCCAGCCGUCGGAGCUGGUGGGCAGCGUGUGGACCAAAGAGGACAAGGAGUUGAACUCGCCCAACUUACUGCGCAUGAUCCGCCACACCACCAAUCUCACUCUGUGGUUUGAAAAGUGUAUAGUGGAGACUGAUAACCUGGAUGAGCGUGGCCUGGUGGUGGCCCGCAUCAUUGAGAUCCUGCAGGUCUUCCAAGAACUCAAUAACUUCAACGGUGUGCUGGAGGUGGUCAGCGCCAUGAACUCCUCUCCAGUCUACAGGCUGGACCACACGUUUGAGACAAUCCCGAGCAGGCAGAGGAAGAUCUUGGAGGAAGCCCACGAACUGAGUGAAGAUCAUUACAAGAAGUACCUGGCCAAACUGCGCUCCAUCAACCCACCCUGUGUGCCCUUCUUUGGGAUUUAUCUGACAAACAUCCUGAAAACAGAGGAGGGUAAUCCUGACUUCCUUAAGAGACACGGUAAAGAGCUGAUCAACUUCAGCAAGCGAAGGAAAGUGGCAGAGAUCACAGGAGAAAUCCAACAGUACCAGAACCAGCCCUACUGUCUCCGUGUGGAGAAUGAUAUACGGAAAUUCUUUGAAAACCUCAAUCCAAUGGAGGACAAAAUGGAGAAGGAAUUCACUGACUAUCUCUUUAACAAAUCUCUAGAGAUUGAGCCUCGCAAUGCCCGCACUCUGCCACGAUUUCCCAAGAAGUACAACUGCCCCCUGAAGUCCCCCGGUACGCGGGUCACGUCGGUUCGUCCGGGGACCAUGCGCCACCCCACGCCCCUCCAGAACGAGCCGCGCAAGAUCAGCUACAGCCGCAUCCCUGACAGCGAGAUGGAGGGUGCAGCCUCCGCCCCCAACUCCCCCCGCACCCCCCUCACCCCGCCACCCGCCUCCGCAGCCUCCAGCAGCACCGACAUCUGCAGUGUCUUCGACUCGCCACUAGGACCCUCAAGCCCCUUCCAUUCCAGAUCCUCGUCCGUCUCCUCCAUGGUGUACCGGAGUACAGAAGACGCUGCUGUUCCCCCGCCUGUUCCCCCCCGCAGACGUCCUGAGUCCGCCCCCGCAGAGUCGUCUCCCUCAAAGAUGAUGUCAAAGCACUUGGACAGCCCCCCAGCCGUCCCCCCCCGGCACCCCACCACUAAGGUGUACUCUCCACGCUACUCCCUGCCUGAGCGCACCUCCGUGUCCGACGCCCCCGACAGCCCCCCCACGCUGCCCCCCAGGGAGCCCGUCAGAACGCCGGACGUCUUCUCCAGCUCCCCGCUGCACCUGCAGCCCCCUCCUCAAGGCCGCCGGGCGGGACCCGACACGGGCCAAACCUUCUUCCCCCCCAACUCCCCGUUCAACCCCCUCCCCCCGCAGACGCCCUCCCCCGCACUGGGCCCCCGCAAACAGCUGGCCCCCACCCCACUAGACUGUGAAGCAGUAGCGGGCCCCCCAGGACCCCCCGUGCCCCCCAGGCAGAGCACUGCUCAGACCAUCCCCAAACUCCCCCCCAAGACCUAUAAAAGGGAGCCAACCCACUCUUCAUUCCCCCGGGAUGGCUUCCCUCUCCUGGAGAAUGUCAACCCCUCUUAGAUUCUGGAGACCACCUUUGGAUGGAGAGGAAGAGAAGAAACACUAAAGACCGCCGGUCUCCAUAACCCAUGACCACAUGUAAGAGACAGAAAAACAGAGUGGGAUUUUGCCUUACGUAAACAAACAAGACUUCAAUGCCAGAUCACACAACCUUUGAGCAGUUAUGAUUGUCUUUUUUCACACUGCAAACCAUUAGAAAUUGCUCUACACCACAUCCAUGGGAAUAGUGUGUAUUUUUUAUUGUCCAUAAUGUACUUGUGAGUGUAUGUUUUGUUUUUAAUGUGGCUUGAUUUCAGCAACACCAUCCCCACCCACCCCGCCCACCGCUAGCACAAGCACGCUCAGAAAAAGAAGCUAAUUGGGGAAAUACUAUAUCACCAGGUUACACCAACACUUCUGAGAUGCAAGGAACUAAAUACAACAUAUAUGUUUUUUUUUUACAUAUAUAAAACAAACAAAAAAAUUGAAUUAAAAAAAGUGAAUGCACAAUAAAAAAACGGUGACCAUAGAAAAACACUGAAGUUGCGUCAGUAUUGGACACUGGUGACCACUGACUGAGUUCACUUUGGGAGCCAUCAUUACAUGAACUUUGGAGUUACAGAAAAGAAAAAGGGACUGGGAAUCUAGUGGUGUUCUGGGCCUCACAGAUUCGUUCCAGUUCUAGACUAGCAGUUCUGUUCUUGUGCGGUUCCGCAGUUUAAGGUACCCUUUCACACCAAAGAGGUACUUUGAUAUCCACUUAAGAAACACAGGAAAAGAUUUUUGUUAGAACCUUUUUUUUCUGAGAAAUCAUUUGUUUUGCCCAAACGUAUGUAAAACUGAUUGCUUCUUUAAACAAGGGAAUAAAAGUUUCUUUCACUCGGCUCCA